CAGAUAACUGGUUACUAGUUAAAUAACAUUGGAUAGAUCCGGAUUCGGGAGAUCCAAAAUUUCAUCGAAGAAGUUGCGGCAGCCCCGUGCUCCCUGCUGACCGCCGUCUUCCUCCUCCUCUAUCUCAUCUCAAUAGAAUGGAGAGGGGUCCCAUUCCUGAUGAUGAUGGUGAUAGUGUUGCGAGGAAGGACAAGGCUGUCACAACCACCGAGGGGUGGCCGGAACUGCUCUGCUGUACCACCACAAAACCACCGCCUAUCCUUCUGGACGAGCUCAUAGCGGAAAUCCUGCUCAGGAUUCCGGCAAGGUCUCUUGUUCGAUUAAGGAACAGCGUCUGCAGUUCAUUCAGAACCCUAAUUUCCAGCUCCCAAUUUGCCAAGGACCACCUUCGACGUUCAAUGGCGGUGGAUCCAGCCUUGACCCACCCGCGUAUAUCCUAUUAUAGCUUCAGGCACCCAUACCCCACAAUCGGAGUUUUCUCCAUCCGAUCUGUGUUCGAGAACCGUCCCCGUGAACCCACCAAAGUAGUUGCCUAUGUGGGACGACGCCACCUUCGCAUCAUUGGCUCUUGUAAUGGAUUGCUGUGCUUGCACGAUAGAGAGCGUGCCAUGCUGUGGAACCCCAGCACCGGAUUCACAUCUCAGCCGCUUGAAAUUGGUGGUAUCUUCUACGUCUGUGGAUUCGGUUAUGAUCAUGUGAACGACAAGUAUAAGCUUUUCAUCAAUUUCCUCAUUGAGGAAAACGAGGAAAAGAAAUCAGGUGGACCUGUCACCAGAAUUUUCACAUUCGGCCCAAAAUGUACCUGGAGAACAAUUCAGGAUUUCCCACAUAGACUAUAUGACCCCAGUAAGAAGGCUAUUCUGUCGAAUUUGGUAGGGCUUUUUGUAAGUGGCACCGGCACCCUUAAUUGGCUUCUUUGCAGCGGUCUUACUAGUUUUGUCGCAGUUCUUUCCCUUGACUUGGUGACAGAGACUUAUAGUCAGUUUUCGCUUCCCAGUAGGGAUUCAGAUGAUGCUCUCAGCGUGUUACCCCGACUGGGUAUCUUGAGGGGUUGUCUUGCUGUUUGUUAUGAGACUAAGAAAACUCAUUGGACUCUCUGGAUCAUGAAGGAGUAUGGAGUUCCUCAAUCCUGGACUAAAUUGGCCAUAAUCCCCCACCACCCACUACUCCUUAAUCCUCCUUUAAAUUGUGCAUUAGAGCCUAUGUACAUGUUGAAAAAUGACGUUCUACUGGUGAAUUCUCCUAAUGGCAAGUUUGUUUUAUGUAACUUAAAUGAUGGCAGCAUAGAUUUUCCUAAUAUUGACAGCUCCGAUGAUGGCAUGACCCAUCUCCCUCCUUUGUCUCGGGGUGCAGGCGGAAGGGCCUUUCACAUCUAUCAUGAAAGCUUAGUUUCACCCUCGCACUUUGGUCUUCCAACUUGCUCAUCUCAAAUGCCAUUAUUUAAGCCAGGCCUAUUCAUUUGGUGAAGAAUUUCCUACCCUGUCUCUUGAAUCCAUAACUUUAUUAUCAUUAAUGUGGUUCCUUUUUUUUUGUAUUUUUUUUUUUUAUAGACUGAUAGACUCUGGCUUCGAUUUAGUUAGAAUAUGUUGUUAAGUAGUAAUUAACACCACACAGAAUAGAUAAGUCCCCAGCUGUUCUCAGUCUCGCACUGUGUUGGUUGAUUCGUUGCCUCCUUUGCUGCCAGAAUGCCUCCCUUUGCAGGAUUGUUCUAAUCUCUUGUGGUUGGUAUAGCAGCAAUUCUGAUUCUAAAAGGAGGCAACCACAUUAGCUUUUAGACCAUUUCAUAAAGGAGGCCUCUUCUUAGUGAUGCUGUUGCUGCUUGAGUAUGUUGUCUGCUCUGUUUGGCUGUUUUAAAAGUUCUAUCCCAUACACUUUGCUUUGAUUAUAGUAUACCUAACAAUCACUUUUUUAUUUUUUGGAUGUACUUAAACUAAACCUUUUAAGUAAAACU